GAUUUCUGUUGUAAUCUGAAAUAAUCUGAAAUGGAAAUUGACCAAUUUUCUUCCACAGAUUUAAAUUUCAAAGGAACCCAGAUGGGUUAUGGUUCUACACAAGAGGAUGUGUUCCAAGGUAAAGAGAGUCUCUCUGGAAUGGAAUUGCUGGGAGAGAUUGAUCCUCUCCCUGCUGAGAAUGGAAAAGGAGUCAAAUUGUUCAAAUAUCAAGAUCAGAAACAGCUACAAGAACCCAAAGCUGAUAACUUGAUGUUGGAAGAGGUCAACUUUGACCCUGAUGUCCAAAUGCAACCAACACAACUAUUUCAGGAAACUGAAGGACUAAUGAAACAUGGUGUGGCAAGUACAGAACCAGUUGAAUACAAUAAGCAGGUGGCACCAACACCAUCAUUAGCAUCUUUAGAACUCUUGAGAAAUUACGGAAGCCGGUUCAAGAGGCUAAGCGAGCAAAAUAUAAGCACCUUAAGCAAUAUUGAAACUUCCUUUGAUCGCCAGAAGAUGUCAACUGAAGAAAUAAUAAGAGUGGCUGGAGCAAGGUAUAUCCAAUAUUCUGCGCAUUGGAAUGAUAGUUUUUACAUCCCUAUGCAUCCAUACGGAUUGGAUCUUGGUGGUUUGUCUGAGGAAGAAAAUAGAGACAUAGAACUUGCUCAGUUUCUCCUAGCUGCAGCCGAGAGGGUAGGCUGCCAACAAUUCGAACGUGCAAAUGGGUUACUUCUCCAUUGUGAAUGGAGUUCAAAUGCCAGUGCAAACCCUGUUCAAAGAGUUAUCUUUCAUUUCGCUCGAGCACUUCGAGAGAGAAUAUACAAAGAAACAGGAAGGAUGACAGUUAAGGGAUCAGGGAAAAAUGAAGAAAGGGAGUUACUUCAGAAGAUGGACACCAACAUUGCCCUUAAAUGCCAUCUAAAAGUUCCUUUCAAUCAAGUAAUGCAAUUCACUGGGAUACAAGCUAUAGUGGAGCAUGUUGCAUGUGAGACCAAAAUCCAUCUUAUAGAUCUUGAAAUAAGAAGUGGUGUACAAUACACAGCUUUGAUGCAAGCACUGGCAGAGCGCCGGGAUCGCAUAGUGCAACUUUUGAAGAUAACUGCCAUUGGACUUAGUUCAUUGAAAACCAUGAUAGAAGAGACUGGCAAAAGGUUAGCUAGUUUUGCUGAAUCCUUGAACUUACCCUUUUCAUAUAAGACAGUUUUUGUGACCGACAUUGCGGAAAUAAGGGAAGAUCAUUUCGAAAUUGGAGAGGAUGAAGCUGUGGCAGUCUACUCUCCAUAUUUUCUAAGGAGCAUGGUAUCGAGGCCUGAUUGUAUGGAAAACUUGAUGAGAGUUAUAAGAAAUAUCAAACCAGUUAUAAUGAUAGUCCUUGAAGUAGAAGCAAACCAUAACUCGCCCUCCUUUGUGAACCGCUUCAUUGAAGCAUUGUUCUUCUACUCAGCAUAUUUUGAUUGCCUUGAAACCUGCAUAAAACAUGAGAUUGAGUGCAGAAUGACAAUAGAAGCAGUAUUAUCUGAAGGGAUAAGAGACAUUGUUGCUAUGGAAGGAAGGGAAAGGACAGUUAGAAAUGUGAAGAUAGAUGUUUGGAGAAGGUUCUUUGCAAGGUACAGAAUGGUUGAAACCGGGUUUAGUGAGUCAUCUCUGUACCAUGCUCACUUGGUUGCCAAAGGGUUUUCUUUUGGGAAAUUCUGCACUAUAGAAAAAAAUGGAAAGUGUCUUAUAGUGGGAUGGAAAGGGACCCCAAUGCAUUCAAUCUCAGCUUGGAGGUUUCUUUGACAAAUAGCAUGUUUGUGUUACCCUUUGAAAACUUUAAAAGUGUGUUGCUUCUCUCAAAUGGACAAUGAAUAUGUUUUCACUGGCUCGGAAGGGUAAUUCAAACAGGCAUAAAGUUAUUUAGAGAUACUGGCCGUAGAGAUAUUCAUUCAUUUGUAAAAUACAAUGCCAAGUUCCCUUCUUAUUUCCUUUAAUCGCUUGUGUGUGAUUUUAAGGAUCUUGUGCAAAUUAUCCAAACCGUACAAGGCCUAUUCUGGUGACUACUUUGAUGAUACUGUAGCUUGUUUGUUGUACUCAUUUUAUAACAAGCUUGUCCCAAGUUGUUGAUCUCA